AGCAGCACCUCUUUGUUUGAGAUCUGCGCCUCUAACGGUGCACGAGCCCCGGAAAUCUGCGCUCUUUCUCUCUCCUCUGCGCCGGUAAUAGGGACGACAGCAGACCGUGUUCAGACUGUCGAAAAACGUGUAAGUGUGUAGACACGCACGCGGGUGUGCGUUUGUGUUCAGGUAAUUUCUUUGAGGUGAGUUAUUUGUAUCGCGGUGAAGAGAAGCGUCCAGGCGCCGCACAGCCUGAGGCACCGGCGCGCUCCUGCGCUUUAACGGCUUACCGGCGCUUAACGGCGGCGCUUCACCAACGUUCCGACCGACUGCCCGCUGGAAACUGCGAUAUUUCUGCAAGAGGAUGGAGGGUGUGUGUGGUCCCAGUGGGCUGCAGGCACUAUUAGUGCUCCUCUGUCUCUCCAGUGGAUGUGGUUUGAGUGAAGCAGAAACUCUUGUUACUGCACGCAAAGUAACACACCUUGCAGUGCAAGAGCCUCUCGCAGGCUCCGCCCUCCUUCCCUGCUUUCACACCCUCCAGCUUGGCUCCUCCCAAAAUGGCUGGCCUCCUCGUGUGCGAUGGACCCGCCUUCAGGGUGACACAGAGACGACUGUGCUCUUGCUGGAGAACAGGGAUGCUCGUGUACAUAGGGCCUACCAAGGCCGGGUCAGUGUGCCAGGGUACCACUCAAACAGCCUGAACUUCUCACUGGCUGUCUCCCAGCUCCGCACCAACGACUCUGGGACCUUUCGCUGCCAUGUGAUCCUCGGGGACACUUAUGAGCAGGACACCGUCACACUGGAGGUUACAGGGGUUGUGUUUCAUUACCGCGCGCUGUCAGAGUCCUACUCCUUGUCGUUUGUGGACGCUGAGCGGGCGUGUGAGCAGAACUCGGCUCAGAUAGCGUCUGCAGAACAACUCUGGGCUGCUUUCCACUCGGGCCUGGACGAGUGCUCGGCCGGCUGGCUCAGAGAUCAGACCGUCAGGUACUCGAUUCAGAAACCAGAGCUGGGCUGCUACGGACACACCGAAAACACGCGAGGGGUGAGGAACUAUGGGAACCGAGACGCCUCUGAACUGUUUGACGUGUACUGCUUCGCCAGUGGCAUGCAAGGUGAUGUGUUUCCUAUGUCGGCUCCGGGGAAUCUCACCCUGGCUGAGGCCGUGGCUCAGUGCGCUGUUCUGGGUGCUCAGCUUGCCACAGUGGGUCAGCUCCAUCUGGCAUGGCGCUCUGGCCUGGAGCACUGUGAACCCGGAUGGCUUGCAGAUGGCAGUGUGAGGUACUCGGUGAUUAAACCCCGUCCUGAGUGUAGAAGCCGAGAUCCGGGAGUCCACUCUGAUUCAUCCCCAGAGCUGGCCAAUGGGACUGCCAUGUUCAGUGCAUACUGCUACAUAGAAACACAAAGUUCCUCUACCGAGCCACCUGCACCCCAGACAUCAAACUGGACCGGUCAAGUGGAUCUGGGCACCGAUUCCAUCAUGGCCAGCGACUCCAUCUCUGAUGAUUAUAUUAUGGCAAGUCUCUGUGUAGAGGACGGCUCCCUGGACUGGAGCAACCAGGAAGAUUCCACCCAAAAUACCCAGCAGGAUGUCUCUACCCCAAUGUCUGACAUCACCACUGAGAGCCUCAAAGAGGAAAAUAAAGGCGAUGAAGUUACAACAGUGCUCUUGCCAACAGCAACCACGACUCAGAACAAAUUGUCGUUCAGAAAUGUCAUGAGCAUGAGCUCCUGGUGGAAACCUUGGAACUUGCUGACAGGAAACAAUCAGGAGAAGAAGGACACCACUGCAAGUCCUCUGACCACAGUGCCAGGUGUGAUGAUCCUCGAAGUGGACACCAAUUCAAACAUAAAGUCUACUGCUUCUACUGCAUCAGGACCAGUUCCUUGGUGGUCACGUUCAUGGUUCAACAAAUUUUCCACAACCGGAGAUAAAAUGACGGCAUCCCCUCAACUAGAGAACACAGAAGCCUCAUCGGAAGUCUUGCUUGAGACCACAAUAGAAGACCUGGACCAAGUCAUGACCACAGCUACAGCAGAUUGGGCAGUAGUGACUGAGGUUCUCCAGCUUGGAAGCAUGACGCCUGACAUGGAGAAGGAGGUUGUGCCCUCUGCAGUUUCAAACAAGAAAGAAGAAGGAGUAGAAGAAGACAAGGAGAAAGGGACUGGCCUAAUGCAAGAGGAACUUAGAGAGGGGACGAGGACAGAGGUGGAGGGUAGCUCCUGGGGGGAAGUGGAUCUAUCAGAAAGUACAAGCACAUCCCUAACAACAGGGCAAGUCCUGACUAGUACGUCUCCUAGCGCGAAGGGUACUGUAGUGACAACUACACAGCAAGUGGAAGAGAUAACUGCUGCUGAGGCUCGGGGAGAGAUCCAGUAUGAACUGAUGACAACAGCAAGCCAAGCCAACCAAAAAAUAACCACCGUCUCUGCCUCCUCAACAUUGGCUGCUUCUGAAAAGGAAGAAGGAGCCCAGACCACCUUCAUUUCUGAUCUACCCACUUCGUCUCCUCAAAGUCUGACAGAAAGAGGAGUCAUCUCUCCCAUGACUUCUGAUGAGUACCAUCUGUCAAUCUUUGGUACCCUGUUGCCUGGCAACCCAGAGAGCGGCCUUGGUAACUCUGAUUCCAGCAGGAACAAUGGAUCUGAAGACUCUACAGCUAUGGAUAGAUGCAGUUGCUUGCACGGAGGAACGUGUCUCCCUCAUGACGAAGGCUUCCAGUGUUUCUGCCCACAGGGAUAUACAGGAGAGAGCUGUGAGAUUGAUGUAGAUGACUGUCUGUCCAACCCAUGUGAGAACGGAGGAACCUGCAUCGAUAAAGUGGACUCCUUCAUCUGCCUGUGUUUACCCAGCUACAGUGGAGACAUGUGUGAGAAAGACACUGAAGGUUGUGAACAUGGCUGGAAGAAGUUCCACGGUCACUGCUACAAACUUUUCAGCCGCCGGCACACCUGGGAGGAUGCCGAGAAGGACUGUAGAGAGCUCAGCGGCCAUCUGACCAGCGUCACAUCCAGCAUGGAGCAGGACUUCCUCAAUGGCCUGGGUCAUGAAAACGUGUGGAUUGGGCUGAACGACAGAACAGUGGAGGAAGAUUUCCAGUGGACUGACAACAUGGACCUGGUUUAUGAGAACUGGCGUGAGAACCAGCCGGAUAAUUUCUUUGCAGGUGGAGAAGAUUGUGUGGUGAUGAUCUCUCGAGAGGACGGCAAGUGGAACGAUGUGCCUUGUAACUACAACCUGCCCUACAUCUGCAAGAAGGGCACAGUGAUGUGUGGCACUCCUCCUGCUGUGAGAAACACGUAUCUUGUUGGUCGGAGGCGGGCGCACUACGACAUCCACUCAGUGGUGCGUUACCAGUGCGCUGAUGGCUUCUUCCAGAGACACGUCCCAACGGUGCGCUGCCGACCCAACGGCACCUGGGAGAGACCCAAGAUCGUCUGCACUAAGUCACGGAGGUCUCAUCGUUACCGCCGGCAACAUCACAGAUAUCACCGCGAGCACCGGCGACACCGCAGACACGGCUUGGGCCACAGGGGGCGGGACUAGAUCCGCCAUUCUCCUCUCACAGGUCCCUGUGUGAUAUCACUUCCUUUGCUGGAAGUGAGAGAGCCUUCAAGGACAGAAAUGGUCAUGCAUCCUUUUUGUUUUUUCCCUCACUUCUUAAUCUAGAGUCUUUCUCUUCUUUCAAAGAGUGUGUUCUGACUCAUCCUUUCUCUGUACGUGUUUUUCUCCGCUUCGGAUUUUCAUUUCCAUCUCGUUUCAAAAAGUAAACUGGUUCUUCUAGCUUCGGUGCCACUAUACAACCUAACUGUGGGUGUUUAAGAAAAGUUCUGGAUGAUGAAAUGAUGAUCGCAGGUCAGGUUCUACUGAGAAAGUCAUUAACCUGUGGAUUUGAAGAAGCAGGUUUAUGCUUUGAUAGGACGUUUGUAUUCAUUAUUGUUGUAGGGGCAGAAUGUUCUCAUAGGUCUUGCUUAGUAUCUGUUUGAUUAGACUUCUGUAUAUCCACUUCGUAGUGCAAUAAUAAAUUCUUUAAUGAAUGUGGUCCAAAACUUCCCAAAAAUUACACACACAUAAUAUCACACUAUUGGUCACGUCUAUAUAUAUAUAUAUACAUAAUCAGUCCCAGUCACAAUAAAUGAUUUCUCUUUUGAGUUCAUAAUUUUCAAAAAGAACUUAUGGGUGUAAAGCUGCAUAGGUGUAAAGAUGAAAAAAAAAAAGAUUUUGCUUUUGCUCUUUUUUUUUUUUUCUAAUGCUUUGGUUGAGUUUUUUUUUUUUUUUUUUUUU